UUUUGUUCUAUGCUUUCACUCUUUGUCUGCACAAUUAGAAUCCAGGCAGAGUCAUCCUGUCAAAAUGGCUACUAUAAAUACUACUCAGAGGCCCAAACCCACCAAGCCCAAUCGAGCAUCGAGCGUUCUAUGAAAUAACUGGUUAAGUACAUAUCCCAUCUCUCACCUACCAAACAAUCCAGAUCGAUACACAGACCAUGGCAGCUGCCAUCCCCCAAGGGGAUGAGUUAUGCAUCCCCAACACCCCACAGUAUACAUUUUACUUGGUCUUUGCUGUCCCAGACCAAAACUUCCCAUCGCUCGAGCUGCUAUUUCAAAUUCUGGCACGAAUUCGCACCCGCCUAUACGAGGUCUUCGACUCAAAGGCGUCCAUCAAGGCUGAAGAUGGCGACAUGAUCCUUGAGGUGGACGCCUACGAGCCAACCCGCGAAUCCGCCGUUCGUGCUGCUACGUUCGCUAUCGAGCGUGGCAUUCGUAAUUGGGACUUUGAGAUUCAACUAAUGGGUAGGAUUAUGUACCCAAAGAACCUCGAAUUCCGCAUGUAAGUAUAAGAGAGCGCGUCUUCUUGUUUGUUUACUUGCUUUUGCUACGUUUCGAUGGUCACAG